CGAAGAAUCUAUGUUUAUGGGGAGAUUUGCUAGGGCCGGAGGAUAAGAGGAUGGACGACGCGGAAAACGAUUAUUCGGAAAUCGGAGAAGUUACGAGUAAGUAGGUGUUUUUUCAUAGAAGUAACGAAGAUAGUCUUGGUCAUCCUCAUAUUAUGAUGAUCAUGUUUAAGAACACGUCGGUCAAUAUGAUAGGGUCUCCAACAUGACAGGUUUUCUGUUUCCCAACAAACAAGGCUUUUCUCAAAAACUACGAAAACAGAAUGUAGACGACUCCACUUUCAUUCAUCGUGUUACGACUCUUGUAGACGAU